AUGAGCCCCCGGGUCCCCGCCCCCGCCAGCAGGAUGCUCUUCGCCUUGGCCUUGGCCUGCGCCAGCCCCUUCCUGGAGCCGCGGCCGGAGGGGAGCCGGCGGGCGCUGAACGUUGCCGUCAUCCUGAGCGGAGCCUCUUACGGCCCCGCCGGGCCCCGCCUGGCCCCCGCCGCCUUCCGUAACUUCUCCUUGGAGGUCAAUCCGGUGGGGGUGGUGUUGAACGACACCAACCCCCGCAGCUUGAUCGUCCGCCUCUGCGACGUCCUCUCUUCCCUUCGCAUCCACGGCGUCGUCUUCGAGGACGACACCCGCUCCGAGGCCGUGGCUCAGAUCCUCGACUUCAUCUCCGCCCAGACCUCCGUGCCCAUCAUCGGCAUCAACGGCGGCUCCGCCAUCGUCCUCACGCCCAAGGAGAAGGGCUCCACCUUCCUCCAGCUGGGCUCCUCCACCGAGCAGCAGCUGCAGGUGAUCUUCGAGGUGCUGGAGGAGUACGACUGGACGGCCUUCGCCGUUGUCACCACCCUCUUCCCCGGCUACGAGGACUUCGUGGACUACGUGGAGGUCUUGACCGACAGCAGCUUCAUCGGGUGGGAACACCGGGGCGUCCUCACCCUCAACUUAACCGACGACCCCGAGGGGACGCGGUUACGCCGGCAGCUGCGCGAGGUCAGCGCCCAAAUCCGCCUCCUCUACUGCUCGCGGGAAGAGGCCGAGGCCAUUUUCCGAGCGGCGCAAGACGCCGGUUUGGCCGGUCCUGGUUACAUCUGGUUCGUGGUUGGCACCAACCUGGGAGGAAGCGACCAAUUGCCGGAACAUCUCCCCGCCGGCUUAUUCGCGGUGUUGUCGGCCGGUUGGCGGGACGACCUCCAACACCGGGUGCACAACGGCGUGGCCAUCGUGGCCAAGGGUGCCGAGGCGCUGCUGCGCGACUACGGCUUCAUCCCCGAGUUCAACAACGACUGUCGGGCCCCUAACGUCACCCAGAUCAACGACAACCUCCACCGGUACUUCAUGAACAUCACCUGGGGGCAAAAGGAUUUCUCCUUUAACGAGGACGGCUACCUCGUCAACCCCUCACUGGUCGUUAUCUCCCUCAACAAGGAGCGCAGCUGGGAGGUGGUGGGCAGCUGGGAACACCGGAUCCUGCGGAUGAAGUACCCGGUUUGGUCGCGUUACGGUAAAUUCCUCCAACCGGUAGACGACGACCAACACCUGACGGUGGCCACGCUGGAAGAACGUCCCUUCGUCAUCGUGGAGAACAUCGACCCCGCCACCGGCACCUGCAUCCGCGACUCCGUCCCCUGCCGCAAACAGCUCAACCGCACCGCCAGCCCCUCGGCCGAGCCGGCGCUCUUCGAGAAGAAAUGCUGUAAGGGUUUCUGCAUCGACAUCCUCAAGCGCUUGGCCCGCACCGUCGGCUUCACCUACGACCUCUACCUCGUCACCAACGGCAAACACGGCAAGAAGAUCGACGGCGUCUGGAACGGCAUGGUGGGAGAGGUGGGGAACCCCCCGCCCCCCACCCCAUGGCCAUGGGGGUCCCAGGGGGCUGGGGAGACCCUCCCCAUGCUUUUUGGGGUGCUCAGGGAACCCUACAGCCCGGCCGUUUGGGUGAUGAUGUUCGUCAUGUGCCUCACGGUGGUGGCCGUCACCGUCUUCAUCUUCGAGUACUUCAGCCCCGUGGGCUACAACCGCAGCCUGGCCGCCGGCCAGC